AUGUCUACUCCAGUUGACACCUCUUUGACCAGUCUCAAGGCAUCCACUGCCCAGAUCAUGGCCAUCAUCAGUGGUGCCUGGCAAACUCCCCCAGGUCCUAGCCACUUUGCUCUGACAUCACAGGCUCAUGUAGUCAAGGACUAUGGGGCUGGGCCCCCUGCCCAGCAUCAUGCUUUUUUGCUCCAAGGAGCUAAUCACAUCUGGUACACCAAGCUCCUCACCUGGGAGGUCUUAGGUGACCAUAUCUUUGAUCUCUCAGUUGCUACUCCUCCUUCCACAGUCCUUCCACCAACACCACCACUGAGUACUGAGACAAGGGGAAAGCCAUUUUCAGGUGGAGUGCUGGAGGUUGUCCUUCCCCAGCUCUCCAAUUCACCUCAAUCACCCUGGGUUCUGAUGAAAAAACCUUUUGGCGCUGCCACAGCUUAUAAGUCACAUUUAUGUGUCUGGGACUUGGGUCCUUCCCAGCCAACUCCUAAAACCAACCCAGAUGCAUGGUCACACCAAGACCAUACUGUUAUCAAGGCACCUGCACCUGCACCAGCUUCACUUCCUUCUUUGAGUUGGGCAGUCCCUGCUGCAGCACUGAACAUACCCAUGCCAGAUCUCCAUGCCAUGGCAAUUGUGAUUCAGGAUGGUGCAGCUCAAAUCACUAUUCUCGAGGCUCAUGUGGCAGAGCAGGAUGGUAAGAUUGAUACCCUGCAAUGCAUCCAUGAAGGCCUUAGGCGCGAAAUUAUCAACCAGUACCCCUCAUUCCCAAUUCCUGACCCUCCUGCUAAUGCAACAUCCUUGUUGCUUGAUCAAUCCAUCCCCACAUCCAUGUCACCCCCCAAAUCUGCACUCCCUCCUCUCAUUGAUCUCUCGGUGGCAGGGAUAGUGCCCACACCCCUGAAAUUCGAGAAUACCUCUGCUAUUGAGGGUCUCCUGUUUGAGUACAACCAAGUUGUUCAUCCAGAGGAUCCAGAUAUGUCUGGUGAAAUUAUGGACCCAGGUGAUCCAAGCAACCUUGUCCCAGGAUACAAUUCUUCUGAUAACAUGGAUGUUGAGGUAGAUGUUGAGGUGAAGGUUGAAGCAUCUUCUGAGGAGGUUGACAUGGCUACAUAA